AUGCGACGUUACUCGGCGCUGGCAGGCUUCAUGGACCAGGGUGAGUCGAUAGAAGAAGCCGUGGCCCGUGAGGUGAUGGAAGAAGCCGGGAUACAGGUGGGUGCAGUGCGCUACCAUUCCUCUCAGCCAUGGCCCUUCCCGUCCUCGCUCAUGAUAGGCUGCCACGCCGAUGCCGCCACCACCGAAAUCCAUUUCGAACCUGAGGAAAUGGCUGACGUACAGUGGUUCACCCGCGAUGAGGUACGGCUGGCGCUGGAGGAGAGGAGCGAGAUCCUCGCCAUUCCCGGCCCCACGGCCAUUGCCCACCACCUGAUAAGGGCUUGGGUCAGCGGCGAGGUGGGUUAG